CUUCUGGUCAGUAUUUAUAGCAGCUGUGACCAAUGAAAAUAGCAUGUCCAAUGGAUUUUUGCCUCUUCAUAUAAGUCCUUUUUCACGUCUUCAUCUUUUUUUAUUAUUUUUUUAUUUUCUAUCACACAAACUGACUCUUCACUCAGUAUGUCAUGUUUCUAUUGCAACAGAGGUGGUGCAGAAGCAUCAGCAGCAAUGUUGGUGCUCUGUGAUUGGAUAGUAAAGAAAGAUGCUGUGAACCAAUAGCAAACAGAACUGUACAAAGCGAUCUAGUCCAUCCCCCAUUCAGUCUCAGCACGGUAACCCUCACAGUACUCAGAAGUGGAGAGGAUAUGCGGUUAUCAGAAGGUUUCAGGAAUUUAAGGUUUUGUAAAUAUCAUGCUUUCCUGGACGAAUUUAUGAUGGAGUUUUCCUUCUCGCUCUGGAAUUAAUGUCGGGCUGGUUAUGUGAACAAUAUAUCGAUGGGAAAUAUAACAUGUUCUGAAAGACCGGGGAUGACAAAGAGAAUCAGAUACCGAGACUGGAGAUGGCAGGCGCUUUGGUGGCAUCAUUUCUUUCUCUUGUGGAGUACAAUAGACGGACAGACUCGUUACAGCAUCCCGGAGGAACUCAAACGGGGAUCAGUGGUAGGAAAUUUAGCCAAAGAUCUUGGUUUGGGGCUCUCGGACAUUUUUGACCGUAAGCUGCGUGUCGCCUCUGAGGCUGGUGAGCAGUAUUUCAGUGUGGAUGCGGGGAAGGGCGAGCUGGUGGUGAAUGACAGAAUAGACAGAGAGGCUUUAUGCGGACAAAGCACCAGCUGUGUGUUGCCUCUGCAAGUAGUAAUAGAGAAUCCACUACAUCUAUAUCGUAUAGAGGUGGAAAUAAAAGACGUCAAUGACAAUUCUCCCAGUUUUCUGAGCAAAGAAAAGAAUUUGAAAAUUGCAGAGAUGACAGCAGUGGGUACUCGCUACCCUUUGGAGAGCGCACAGGACCUCGACGUGGGCAGUAAUUCACUUAAAUCUUACAGUCUCAGCAAAGACGAGUGUUUUAGUUUAAAAAUUAAAGAACUAGCUAAUGGAAGAAAAGUGCCAGAGCUUGUAUUAGAAAAACCGCUUGACAGAGAAAAACAAAGCGUCCAUCAGUUGCUGUUGACAGCGUUAGAUGGAGGCAAUCCUGUCAAAACUGGAACAUCACAAAUCAUAGUGACUGUCUUAGACAACAACGACAAUGCCCCUACUUUCAAAAAACCAUUAUAUAAAAUAACUGUGCCCGAAAACAGUCAAAGUGGCUCCAUGCUCACAAAGGUAGAAGCAACAGACCCAGACGAAGGUGUUAAUGGAGAAAUUGAAUAUUCUUUUGCUGACCACACACCGGAGACCCUGAUGUCUUAUUUUCAGAUAAACUUGGCAACAGGAGAAUUUUUUCUAAUAGGACAAUUAGAUUAUGAAAACAGCGCAGUACAUGAAAUAGAUAUAACUGCUAAAGAUAAAGGCAUUCCUGAAAUGGAAGGCCACUGCCGGGUGCAAGUAGAAGUAUUAGACAUAAAUGAUAAUGCUCCAGAAAUUGUUCUAACUUCAAAACCGAGCCAGGUGCCUGAAGACGCACCAAGUGGAACAGUGGUAGCUUUGCUCACUGCCCGAGACCUGGACUCUGGCGACAAUGGAAAAGUGACAUUACAUCUCCCCAGGGGUUCUCCUUUUAAUCUAAAACCUUCUUUUUCUAAUAAUUACGCACUAGUUACUGUCGGUGCGUUAGACAGAGAACGUUUCUCAGAGUAUGAUGUUGAGAUAACAGCGAAUGAUUCAGGCUCCCCUCCUCUGUCAACUAAAAAGACUAUUAAUGUCUCCAUUACUGAUGUGAAUGAUAAUCCACCUGUAUUCACUCAGCCCACAUAUGCUGUUUAUUUAAAAGAGAACGGAGUACCAGGUUCUAUACUGUACUCCGUAUCAGCCUCUGACCUGGAUUUUGGAGAAAACGCGAAAAUCUCUUACUCCAUUCUGGACUCUAAAGUGCAGGACGUUUCUGUCUCGUCUUAUGUUUACAUCAACUCAGAUAACGGCAGCAUCUACAGCAUGCACUCGUUUGACUAUGAGAAGCUGAAGGUGUUUCAGAUUCAGGUUCAAGCAAAGGAUCAGGGCUCUCCGUCUCUCAGCAGCAACGCCACUGUCCAUGUUUUCAUCCUGGACCAGAACGACAAUGCCCCCUCUGUUAUUUACCCCUCCUCCGCUGCCCUGGGCUCCCUCUCUCAUCAGAGGAUGCCUCGCUCGGCCAAAUCGGGUCACCUGGUUACCAAGGUGACGGCUGUGGACGCUGACUCGGGCCACAACGCGUGGAUCUCGUACAAAUUGUCGGAGGCCACAGACGCGUCUCUGUUCACUGUCAAUCAGUACACAGGGGAGGUGAGGACUAAACGCGCUGUGUCCGAGCAGGACGACUCCUCUCAGAGGCUGCUGAUAGAGAUCAAGGACGACGGGGAGCCGGUCCAGUCCGCCACCGUCACGGUGUCCAUCCUGCUGGAGGACGGUCUCCAUGAGCCCAUCUUAGACCUGAGACACAAAUCUGUGGAGCCGAGCAAGAAAACUGGGAGAAUCACCCUUUAUUUGAUUCUGUCUCUGGCCUCGGUGUCCGUGCUGUCUGUGGUGACUUUUGUCAUCUUGGCGGUGAAAUGCAUGAGGAGCAGCAGGAACAGCGGUAGUUGCUGCAUGAGACGCAGCGACUGUGAUGAUUACAAGAACCCGAACAGGAACCUGCAGAUUCAGCUCAACACUGAUGGACCUAUAAAGUACGUGGAGGUCCUGGGAGGAGACAUGUUGUCUCAGAGUCAGUCGUUCAGGUCGUGUAUGUCUCCGAUGUCAGAGUACAGUGAUUUCACUUUGAUUAAGCCCAGCAGCACCACAGACUUUAAGGAGGUGAUCAGUGUUCUGGAUGCGUCUUUACCGGACAGCACCUGGACCUUUGAGAGCCAGCAGGUGAGCAGAUGA